CAAAAGAAGCGAGACCGGACGAGCGACCGGCGGACCACGAGUGGAAGCGACAUCACCUAGACCAUACUUAAAGGCUUACGAAUAUCCUGCUCGCGGUGUUUCGAUAAGAAUCACUUGGAGUCUGGCUGGCGCACGCACUUGGCUCGUUGUCAGCAAGAGGUUUGGCCUACUACCGCGUCAACGCCACGCCUGGAGACCUUCAUCCUGCAAACAUCGCGCUGCGCAAAGAUGGCUUCCUCGACCCCAGCCAUCGUCAUCAUCCCCGGCUCCUUCUCCACAGCUCAAUUGUACUUCGACGUGGUCGACAGAAUACAAACGUUGAGCGGCUCCAAGUCGGUCUUCGUCAACAACCUCCCGUCCGCGAGCCGCAACCCGCCCGAAGACCCAGCGACCCUGGACGACGACGCGAAGUUCUUCCGCGCCAUCAUUGAGAAGGUGGCGAACCAGGGGAAAGACGUCGUGGUCGUGGCACACUCCUACGGCGGGGUCGUGGGCACGGAGACUCUCAGGGGAGUGGGCAAAGCUGAGCGACAGGCGCGUGGACAGCCCGGGGGCGUCGUGAGGCUCGUCUACCUCGCUGCCCAUGUGCCGUCGGCGGGCCAUUCGCUGAAGAGCAUGGUUGGAGAAGCUCCGCGCGAAAUGGUCGAGACCGGAGAGGACGGCUUCCUAAGACUCGUGGGCACCGACAUCAUCGCCAAAGCCACCUUCCCCGACCUCGAAUUCGACAAGGCCGUCGCGACCGUCAGGUCCAUGUCCCGCCACUCGGCCCUCAGCUUUGCCAGCGAGGUCACGUACCCGGGCUACAAGCACGUCCCGGUCUCGUUCAUCGUGUGCGAGAACGACAUGAUCAUCCCGCCGGACCUGCAACGCGGGUAUAUCGAGAUGAUCCGGCGCGAAAGCGGGAGCGCCGUCGACGUCCACACGCUCAACACGGGACACUGUCCCAACACAACCGCGCCGGACCAGUUGGCCAAGGUCAUUGUCCAGAUUGCGGCAGCAUCGGUAUGAAGUGGGACGUUGUCCAAUUUGAGACAUUCAAGGUGAUUUCACGCCCAAAAAAAAACAAUACGACAUUGAAUAGUAAGAAAAGGGGAUCAAACUCCCUCAGGCCAGGCACCUCGGGUAUCACAACGGGCGAAAGAAAACAGCUUUUCACCGCCUCGAGCAUGAGUAAAACACAAUAUGCCUGGGGAUUCUCGGCGUGUCAGGUAGAUGGUCGUGUUGGUGGACGUCGGUCUCAAUGUAGUGAUGGCCCAAUUCGCUUUCGUGGCACACAACCCUAGCGACGUAUGUUGCGACUAGAGCAAAGAAAG